AGAGAGAGAAGAGGAGGAGGAAGGGAGGGGGAGAGGGAGAAAUUAAUCAACGCGAAGCGUUUCCGCCGUAAGUGGAUGAACUUCAACCACGUCCGGAUUUCCUCAGAUCGUCGUCAUUGGGAGAUCUCCGGCCGGUUACGGAACUGAAAACGUGCGAAUUAUAACAUCCGGCUCAGUACGGACGGAUUCGGGCGGCGGCAUUCCUGAACGUGACGAAUCGUCGAAGAAACGACGUCGGAAGGAGGAGGCGCGGAAGAGACGAGCGCGGCUUGUAUCGGCGGUAGUAGUAGGGAAGCGGCGGCACUUUCCCUUUACGGCUUAGGGACGUGGCACGCAAGGAGAAAGAAGGAGAAUGAACGGGAGAGAGUGAACGACGAGCGGGCUAAGCCGGUCCUCCUCCGUCGAGAGUAAAGUGUGUCGAGGUCUUUUCACGGACAGUCGUCUCGUGCUCGAGGUCCAUCUGUCUAUCCGUCCGUCCGUGCGACUGACCGAUUGCGCACGGCCGCUUCUUUCCUCUCUCGUGACCGAUUUCUUCCUCUUUUUCUCUCCUUUUCCCCUACGUCUCUCGCCCGACGACACGUCGAUGUUGGCGACGUCCGUCUUCUGCUCGUCUACGCGCGCCCCUCGUCCGAUUGUCAUUCCUGUUCUCUCUCUUUUUUUCCUUUCUCGCUUCUACUCCCACGAGCGAUAACACACACACACACACACACACCAUGCAUGAUCCGCCGGCGUGCUCGUGAUUGAAAGCGACGACGACGACUCUCGCGCGCUCCUCUUGAUUCAAAUAGUUCGGCGCGAUUCCACAACGAGUGCCGGGUUGUCACAGGUGACAAGAGCGCGCGCAUGGUGACGGUGACAUAAACGCUGGUAUGUCCGCGGCGGGAUAACGUUCUCCAUGCUCCUUUACUCGGCGAAGAUGUCGUCAGUGAUACUGAGUUUGUCCAUAAUAUGGAGCCAAUUUCUCGACUACUCGUACACUGAGGAGGUCGUACAUUAUCACGGUUACUCGUACGGAUACAGGAACUCGUACGUCACUCCGAUAGGAGAAGGAUGGUCCUGGGGGGAUAGCGGACGGAACCGACCGGACAGGCCGGUAUAUCGCAGGGACACACGGCCCUAUACGCAGCUGGUAAAGAUGGAACGAGAGCAAAGCGAUCCCCUGGUGACCUUCAGCGAGACCUUAGGUGCAUUGAACACCGUGGGCAACUAUAUCGUCAACAUGACGCGGGGCGUCGACAUCUCGGAUUAUCCGCCGAAGGAACUGCCCUCGGCAUUGUACACUAUCUCCAAGAAUAUCCUAGGUCGCAACGUAACGGACAGCAUAGCACCCUUGAUGCGCAACGUGGCAUUGCCAAUAAGACAAGCGAUCACGAGCACACCGUCGCCGGUCCAGCAGCAACAACAGUCCGCGGCGGAGCUCGCGAAUAGAGACAGGAACUCCGUUUCGCCUGCGUGCACCACGGCCGAAGGUGGGCCUGGAAAGUGCCAGGACCUCAGUAAUUGCCCGCAAUUGUUGCUCGACCUCACCAAGCUGAGGCAAUCUCUGUGCUUUAAAAAUACGAAGUUGGUUCUGCCAGGGGUCUGCUGUCCUGUGGACAAAACCGACAACCUUCCGGUUUUCGUAAAUCCCGGCGGAAGUGAGACCAACGAACACCCUCCGCGGCCGCCGGUUCGACCCACGAAGGCCCCGACACCACGCCCGAUUCCGUUGUACCCAGUGGCAUCCGUGACGAGUAAACCCGUGACGCAGGUGGUACCAUCGCCGUCGGAUCUGUUGGACAACAAUACAAAUGGCUUCGAGGCGAUCGGCACGGUCGACAACAAUUAUAUUCAAGAUAACGAGGAAUGCGGCGUGGUCAAUUCCGGCAAAUUCCGCGUGGUCGGCGGCAACGUGGCUCUACCUGGACGUUGGCCCUGGAUGGCGGCGAUUUUCCUUCACGGCUCCCGCCGGACGGAGUUCUGGUGCGGAGGAUCACUGGUUGGACCGCGUCAUGUACUCACCGCCGCUCAUUGCAUGCGCGAUCAGCGGCAGCAACCCUUCGCUGCUCGCCAAUUUACCGUACGCCUCGGUGACAUCGAUCUGGAGAGGGACGACGAGCCGUCGUCACCGGAGACCUACGCUGUGAAGGAGAUCCGCGCGCAUCCCAAGUUCUCGCGGAUCGGUUUCUACAACGACAUCGCUGUGCUCGAGCUGAACAGGCCCGUAAGAAAGUCGCCGUACGUGAUACCGAUAUGCCUGCCGCAGGCGCGCUUCCGCGGAGAACCGUUCGCCGGCGCCAGGCCAACGGUAGUCGGCUGGGGCACCACUUAUUAUGGUGGGAAAGAGAGCACGGUUCAACGACAGGCGGUCUUGCCAGUGUGGAGGAACGAGGACUGCAACUCAGCUUACUUUCAACCGAUUACCAGCAACUUUUUAUGCGCCGGCUACACCCAAGGCGGCCAUGAUGCCUGUCAAGGUGACUCCGGCGGGCCAUUGAUGCUGAAAAUCGAAGGUCGAUGGACCCAGAUCGGUAUCGUCUCGUUUGGCAACAAGUGCGGCGAGCCCGGCUAUCCCGGCGUGUACACGCGCGUCUCGGAGUACACUGAUUGGAUAAAAAAGAAUUUUAAGUGACAGGCGCCUCCUGAUAAGAGACACAUGUGUACACACGUGCGCGCGAUCGCGCACAUACAUGCAGACUAAUUACAUACUU